AUACGUACGUGUGACGUAAGAGGCGUGGCGUCCUUGUGACUUGCGAAAUGGAGAGACGUUCGAGUCAGGAAGGCUACAGUUUUUGUCGAACUAUUUCAAACACGUCCACAAACAGAACAACCAUAGAUCUGUGAGAACAACUACCAACACCGCAACGAUACCAGAAAACGAACACCGUCACUUUGUCGAAAUGGCAUGUAUGCAGUACAACAAUCGAUAGGAUGAUCAUGAAUCAAGAGGAGGAUGAGUUUAUUGCAGUGCGGGUCCAAGAUCCCCGCAUUCAGAAUGAAGGCUCGUGGAAUUCAUAUGUGGAUUAUAAAAUAUUCCUCCAUACCAACAGUAAAGCCUUCACAGCCAAGACAUCAUGUGUUCGUCGGCGCUACAGUGAAUUUGUGUGGUUCAAGAAGAAGCUGCAGAAGAAUGCUGGUUUGGUGCUAGUCCCAGACCUUCCAGGCAAGUCCUUCUUCUCUUUCAGCAAUGAAGACUUUCUGGAGAGGAGAAGGAAAGGACUUCAGGUCUUUCUGGACAAGGUGGUGCACAUGACUGUCUGUGUAUCUGACAGCCAACUCCACCUCUUCCUGCAAACACAACUGCCAGUCAGCCACAUCCAGGACUGUGUGGAAGGCCACACCCCCUACACGGUGACCGAUGCCAUCCUCACCUACGCCUCAUCCAAUCGUGGCUUAGCGCAAGCUCAGACAGAUGACUUGGUCAAGGAUCAGAGUUUGGCUUCAGUGUUUUACGAGUCCAUGGAGAGCCCGGGUCCACAUCAGCCUUUCUCCAAUUCUAAUAUUUUCUCUUCCCGUGACACUGAUCCUCUGGAGGGAUUACUAGAGGUCCACAAUAAGGUCCCAGCUGCUUCCCAGUUCAAGAAGACCUACCUCAGUGUCCUCAAGGCAAACAAAAACCUAGAGACCAUUGGUGAACUCAGUCUCCCAACAGAAGUGACCUUUUUCCUGGGCGACAACCAGAAUGAUGAAGAAUCUGGAAGUUCCUGUUUUUCAGAACAGACCUGUCAAAUACAGACACCAGUGGAGGUGCAUAUGUCCAUGGGGACGAGCUUUGACGAUGUCUGUGCUAUUGACUGCUUGUUUCAAGAGGAGUGUACAUUAGGAGAGGAGGGUAAGAGUGACCCUGAUCCAGACGUCCAAGAGAAAACUGUUCAGUGGGAUGAUUUUAGUGAGGUAAAUUUGGAGCUGAUCAGCAGUGAGAUAGAUUUAUCAGAAAGGUAUGUGAGCCACAUUGUGGAUUUAAAUGAUGUCACAUGCGAUUUGGAGGUGAUAGACCACCAUGAAGAUGUUUGCCCACAGAGGCAGGGUUUAGAACACAACAGCGUCUCUGAGGUUAACAGUUGGGGAAACGUUGGUAACGCUAUGGGCGGUGUUGCAGCUGCCAGCUGUCUGGAGGAGCCUCAGAGCUCAGACAGGAAAACAGAUGCCAUAAAAGAAAAAAGUGAAAACUGGGGAAGUGAAAGACCACUUCAUUUGGUCGUACACGAGGAGCCCCUGAGAAUGUGCAAUGUUCCCGAAAUGGAAUGUGGUGUCGACACAAUCCAACAAAUGGAUGCUCAGCUGGAAGAAAAGCGAGUGGAACAAGAAGUACAUUUGAUUAAGAAUAGUACUAAAGACGAGAGCGAUGAGGACAGCCAGUCAGUGCUGCUGUCUUCAAAUGAGAGUAUCAUCAAGGUCACUGAUGAAGACAGCAUUUGUGAUGAGACAGAGGACGCAAUCCCAAUCGAAAAUGUCUACCUGAUGACUUCUCCUGCAGAGGUCACUCGCUGCACAGAAGCUGAGGACUCCAGCAUUUUAGAGGUACAGAUGAAUGGACGCCUUGUGGAAAAUGAGAACAUUUCUCACGUGCACAGUACUCAGGAGGGGCCGGAUGAUUACUCGCAGUACAUAAUAAACACCAGUGACUCGACUAAAUCCCUGGAUGCUCAGACAGUCGCGCCUGUAGCUGCUUUAGUUUUGACUGAGAAUGGUGACUUCAGCAUUCUGGAGAGCAGCGGUGACGCUGGAAUGGCUGACAGGAACUGUGCAGAGCAGGAUUCUCUCUCCUCCCUGAGUUUGGAUGUCUCAAAAGAGGGCGACGGUAUGAACCCCUGCCAUUUUAACAGCUGAUUGACAUCUGAACUCUACGAAAUCACUUAGCCCUUGUAAGGGCUGCUGUCCUCGUUGGGCCGGAUAGUAGCGAUGUGAUCGAACAAAGAUAUGUUUCACCAUGAAAAUGAGACAAUAUUAGGAUUUUAAUUUUUGCAGACUUUGUCAAAUAAAACAUUAUCUUCAAAAGCACAAAUGUCUAACAUGCUUACACAAACUGACCAUGCUUAAACAUUCUUCUGUUGGAUGGAAAAAUAUUAUUUUCCCUGCAAGUGCUGUAUAUCUGAGUUGAAAUUUUAAAUAUUUGUGUACAGUAGUAAUUUUGACACAUUUUCUGCUGUGGAUCCCAACCACAAAAAAUGGUGUCUUUAGACGGUCUCCUACUGCAGAUUUUUGACAGGUGAUUGUGUAUUUUUUUUUUUUUUUUUGGCAUCAAAAAAAGAAAACUAACCAGACACCAAAUGAAAAUGAAAUGAGACUGAAAUUAAAAUAGAAAGCAGAUUGUGGAGAGCGGUACGUUGACUGGAGCAGGCAGCGCACGUGCACAGCAUUGUGCACGAGGGAGUUGGGGGACAUUAGUAGCAGUUCCAUGUUGAGGCACACAGCUCUGCUCAUCACUCUGGCAAAAGUACCAUGGAGGUUAGCACAUAGGCUAUAUAGAAUAUUUGUUGCAUAUUGGACCGUUACCAGACCCCACACAUCAUGCAUCUAUUUUAUUUUUACAGAUGGCUUUCUUUAGUGCGUCUUGAAAUAAAUACUUUCCACUUGAAUGAGAAUUGGGUAUCUCAGUUAUUUUGUUGCCAGGCUACAGUGUAAACUAAAAUUAAAAUACAAUGAAGAAUGUGUUAUUUGUGAAGUGGGCUGUGAAAAUGACCGGACCAGGCAGCACAGAGCGAAGCACAGUGAUCAGUCAAUGUGUGUGCAGGGUGGUACGUUCAAAGACUCACUCUUCAUUGACCUCUCCAAUUCUUUUUUGAAAAUUUCAUAUACAUCCAUAAACCCAUGAAAGCUAUGCCACACUCUUCAGCAGAAGACAAUUUUCAGUUGUUAACGGAUUAAUUGUAGCUUUGUGUAUACAUCUUGUUAUAACCACAGACAUUAGUGCACAAACAUGCACACAGUAAUGUGAGCAUGCCCAGAAGCCCUUGUGUCAUGGGACUGCAUUCAGUAUCCCUAAUAAUCAGCACUAACCCGGUGAAUAAAUUCAAUUCAUUUCAGAUCACUUUAUUUAUCCCCAAGUGGCAAUUUUAAAAAGGCAUAACAGUACGUUGAAGGACUUAAAAUAAUAAUAAUAAUAUGACACACAACUUUAGAAUGCUGUUGUGAAUAACCAGGCCAGCUUUCCUUUUUUUUUUAUAUAUAUAUAUGGAAACUAAUCAGGGCCACAAAUCACCAAUAGGAGACCAGCUUAAGUUUGAUUUAUCUUUUGUAGUCAUUAUGGCCCAUGUCUAAUUUUGUCUUGUUAACAGAUAACAUAGUUUUGUAAUUGAUCUCAUUAAAGUCAUUCUACACUUGGUU